AUGUUUCUUCUUUGGUUAUUUAUUUUAUUUCCUUCAUCAAUAGCUCUUAAAUCAUUGAUGGUUACUAUUGGUGCAGGUGGUCAUGUUAUUCCACUGUUUGAAUUAGCAAAAGCGAUGAAACAUCAUCACGUGACAUUUAUUACUGAACCCUAUGCAAAGUAUUUUAUUGACUUUGACUCCUAUCAGCAUUCGUCUUCGUUUCGUAUUCUCUAUACUAAUGAUUCAGCUGAUGCACCCGUCGAUCAAAUCAAAAUAGAAAAUGAUCUCGAGGAAUAUUUUGCUAAUCAUUCAUUGGUGGAAAGUCUCUCUCAAUUGAUACCGUCAUUGGCUCGAAGUAUUGAUGCACUAUUGAGAAAAACAGUUCAUAUAUUAAUGAUUGAACAAUUUGAUGUAAUUAUUGUUGAUUCGUUUAUUAAGGGUAUUCAUACUCUUAGUGACGAAACAAAUACACCAUGUGUGAUCCAAACUGCAGGGGUCAAAUUGGAUGAGUUUCAUAUCAAUUUACCUCACAUGAAUUCAUUUCUAUCAUCAAAACAAAUUACUCUACUUAAAUAUCGUAUCUAUAAUGCUGCAUUUCAUUUACGUUUAAUUGCCUCAAUUGCAAUGAAACUGUUACCAUUGCUUCCGACAUUUUUCCGAUCGCCUCCACAAGUACCCGGUCGAUUUUACGAAACAUUGACGUUAAAAAAUCAAAUUUUCACAACAACGAAAUGUUUACAGUUGUACAGUUUUCCAGAAACACUUUUUUUAUCAUCCGAUUCAGAUCCUUACAAGAAAUAUCUUGGAGCUUUUAUUGACGAAACAUCCAAUCACUAUGUUAACAAUGAUCUAGUUAGAUGGAUUCAAUCCAAACCGAAAGAUUCGAUUAUUUAUGUAUCUGUUGGUAGUAUUGCACGAAUUCAAAUCGAUCGAAUGAAAAGUUUAAUUGAAGGUCUAAUGGAGUUUCUUCUAAAAACUCCCACUGCUUCAAUUCUAUUCGCAUUUCGUCAGUACAAUUAUGAUAACUUUCAAAAGGUGAAGAAAGAGAUAGGGAUCAACGAAUAUCAAAAUAUUCUAUCGGAUGAACAACGUUGUAGAGUUGAAAAUCACUUCGUUCCACAAAAAUGGUUAUUACAACAAAAUUCAGUCAGUCUAUUCAUAAGUCAUUGUGGCAUGGGAUCCAUUGGUGAAAGUCUUUACUUUCGAAAACCGAUACUAUGCUUGCCACUGUGCAAAGAUCAAUUUGUAAAUGCUAUGGCCAUUGAUUAUUCAGGUGUUGGACAAUCUCUAUUUGUUCCCCCAUCCGCAUGGCAAUCACUGAUCCAACCCGAUCGUUUUCAUUAUUAUACAUUUUCAGCAAACGAUGUCACAAAGAAAUUACUCAUCAUGUGGAAAAACACUACAUAUGAGAAAGCAGUUCAAAUGAUGUCCCUUGAAAUGAAGCAUGCUGGUGGUGUAAAGAGAGCUGUAGAAGAAAUUGAAUUUUUUGUCAAUGUUAACGGCAAUUUAGAUCGUUAUGUACCAUUUCAGAACAGUUUACCAUUUUAUCAAUGA